UUUCCGCUGUUUGUCUCGCCAGGACCCCACACAUAAUUUUAUUUAUGUUUAACAAGUGUGCAAGAUCUGCGGUAAUUUAAGGACAUAUCCCUAUGGAGAACCCAAAUGAAGUCGAGGAAGAAGAAAAGAAAGAGAGCAAAGAUCAGCAAAAUACUGCGACUAAAAGGAAACAAGGAGAUGACACAACAGAAAUCAAAUUUCCCAAACCACCAAGAAAGAGAAAACCUCAGAGCUACAUGUGUGAAGAGUGUGGGAAAAUCUUCAACAGAGCUGAUUUAUUGCGCAAUCAUAAGCGUGUUCACUCUGGGGACAAGCCAUUUACCUGUGAAGUUUGCGGAGACAAAUUCAGAGAGCAGGGUCACCUGAGACGUCACAUGACCAGACAUACAGGUAAGAAGCCAUACCAGUGUUACAUUUGCGGGAAGGAGCUCAACAGCAGCCUGGCCAAACACCUCCGGCGCCAUCUCAAUGAUCGACAGUUCUCCUGUGUUCUCUGUGACAAGAAAUUUGUAUCAGGAUUCGAACUCAAGCAACACAUACUGACACAUAAAAAGGGCACAUUCCAGGAAAAUUCU